AAGCAAACCGCAGUUCCUUUGUAAAGGGAUUGUAGGAGCCGAUAGGAAUCGGUUGGGAUCAUCUAAAAUCGAUCCUCUUCCUCCGACUCGCUCCCCACUCCCCAGUCCGUUCAUCGGACGUCACCCUCUCCGCGACCUCGCGCGCCUCCAGUGCUCUUUCCAUCGGAGCGGAGCUCGCCAUCCACCUCAUUUUUUUCUCUUCUCCUGCCGUCGUCAUCCUCCUCCCCUCGAUUGGGCGCCUGAGCUGGCGUGGACUGGAGAUCCAUCCAUCUGCCAGACCUGAAUUGAUUUCUUCUUCCCUUGAGACCUGACGAUGUCGACUCCCGCGAGGAAGAGGUUGAUGAGGGAUUUCAAGCGGUUGAUGCAGGACCCUCCCGCCGGCAUAAGUGGCGCCCCGCAGGAUAACAACAUAAUGCUGUGGAAUGCUGUGAUCUUUGGCCCUGAAGAAACUCCGUGGGAUGGAGGUACGUUUAAGUUGACUCUCCAGUUUGCUGAAGAAUAUCCAAACAAGCCACCAAUUGUGCGAUUUGUUUCUCGGAUGUUUCAUCCUAACAUUUAUGCUGAUGGAAGCAUAUGCUUAGAUAUCCUGCAGAAUCAGUGGAGUCCAAUUUAUGAUGUAGCUGCUAUACUUACGUCCAUCCAGUCGUUGCUGUGUGAUCCAAACCCUAAUUCGCCUGCUAACUCGGAAGCUGCUCGCAUGUUCAGUGAGAACAAGCGAGAGUACAAUCGUAAAGUGCGGGAGAUUGUAGAGCAGAGCUGGACGGCAGACUGAUGCACUGCAUUGCGCAGCUGCGCUCACUGGCAGACUGCCCCUCGCGCUUUCCAUUAAUUACAGAAUUACUGUAAUUAAAAUAGCCAGACUCAGCUGUUACUGCUUUGUGCUGUCAUCGCGUGUUAGCUUCCGUGCAUCUUUAUCAUAAACAACAACAACAACAAAACUUGUUGUAUUGCGAUUGUUGGCUGGACCGGUGUGAAUUGUUCACUGUACCCUAUGCUGGAUCUGGAAAUACAAACUCAAUUCAUCUGGCACCUUGCCAACAUUUUAUACUCA